AGUGCGAGCAGCCACAGUAUACACUCUAAGAUAUCGACCCGGCUGGUCGAACGUGUGUCUUAAUAUAACAAACAGCUAUACCACUGUAUAACUAAGAGGGGAAUGUAAAGACAGUAGACAGUUGUAGUCUUGUAAUAUAAGAGCAUUAGUCUUGCAUCAACGAUAAAAAGAUUUUUAAUAGUAUCGAUUAUUAAAUAUAUCGUGAUUUUUAAAUAAAAACAUUUUUGUGCGAGUUUAAUUUUUUUUUUAUAAAUCAUUUAAUUUUCGCGGCUGUGUCAGUGACUAUGGAAGCGCGCCAAAAGUGUAGUUUUAAAAAAAUUAAAUUUUUGAAAUAUAUUUAUAAGAGACUUUUGUAGAAUAAAAUCAUCUUAUUGUUGUGAUAAAAGCAGAUUAUUGGGGAUAUUUAUUUGUAAAGAAUAAUUUAGGUGGGUAAUUUAUUGAGAAGGGUGCAAUCCACGGUGAUGAUGAUAGGCGGUAAUGUUGCUACACCGCCGGGUACUACCAAACCGGUAACAGCUACUGUUAAUGAAAUAAUUAUUGUUGAUAAUAUAAGUAGUGCUGGUGGUGCUCAUAGUGGUAGUGGUAGUGGCAGUGGGAGUCCAGUAACUACCGCGGUAACGCGAACAACAAUAAACGAUGAUAGCGGCAAUUAUAACAAUAAUAAUAACAAUAAUGUUAGCAGCAACAAUAAUAAUGACGAAUUGGCGACAGAAAAUAAUAUCAGCAAUGGCACAAGCAAUAGCAAUAGCAAAUAUUGCUGUCAGAUUAAUGAAACAACGGCAACGGAUGUCGGUACGACUGUUACGCGGCCAUGGGAGCCGCCGUCACCGACUUUAGAUCAAUCCCGAUCACGAUUGUUUCAAAUUCAUCAGAGUCAUCACCAUCAUGCCAGUCAUCAUCAUUCAGGAAUUUCAUCAGCGCCGAUUGUUGAAAGUGUGAGCCAUCCCAAUUGCGCUACUGGGGCAUUCCCUGGUAACAGCAGUACAAUCAGUGGAGCAACACGUCAACGACUUCUUGAAUUGUCACACGGAUUGGGUGCUCUGAGACAUUAUAACGAUCUGGCAAACCAUGUGUUGUCGUUAAAUCAACAAGGAGCUGUUGUUACGAAACUUCUUGGAACUCUACGACCGCCUGGUUUAAUCGGUGGUAGUAAACCUAAAGUCGCAACUCCGGCAGUUGUUUCUAAAAUUGAACAGUAUAAACGAGAAAAUCCAACAAUAUUUGCCUGGGAAAUUAGAGAACGAUUGAUUUCUGAAGGAGUUUGUAGCAACGCAACAGCUCCGUCAGUCAGUAGCAUUAACAGAAUCUUAAGAAAUCGGGCGGCAGAAAGAGCAGCCGCUGAAUUUGCACGAGCCACUGGAUACGGAUUGUACGCCGCUGGACCCCAUCCGUAUUUCAAUUCAGCUCACCAUCAUCCUUCUACUCCCCAUCACCUUCCGGCUACUUGGCCAGCACCUGGAGCUCCAGGACAUCCAUGGAUGAUACCACCAUUAGCUACUGGUAUAACUGGAGCUGCUUCAUCGCUUCUUCUUCCAACGUCACUUAGUCCCGGAGCGACAUCCGCUUCAGCGGCUGCUGCCAAUUCAGAACAUGCACUUCGUGCUGCCGAUGUUAUUGCACGAGGUUAUAUGCAAGAUGACGAUGACGGAAGCUUAGACGGGUCAGAACAGCCUAAAUUUCGGCGUAACCGAACGACUUUUAGUCCAGAGCAACUUGAAGAAUUGGAAAAAGAAUUUGAACGUUCGCAUUAUCCAUGUGUAUCAACCCGUGAGAGAUUGGCUUCGAAAACAUCUUUAUCUGAAGCACGAGUUCAGGUUUGGUUUUCUAACAGACGGGCAAAGUGGCGACGUCAUCAGCGAAUGAAUCUACUGAAGCGUUCACCCCCACCUUCAUCACAGCCACCAUCAUCCCAACUGUCUGUAGCACAAACACCCAGAUCCGGAUCUCCAGGUUCCCAUGUGGUGUCAGGAGCUGGACUGGACUCGACUCACACGACAACUUCAAUUGCCGGCAUGGGUGGUAGAAAUAGUGCUUUUCAUGCUGUUGUCACAACAUCGUCACCGAUGAUGACAGAACGUGUUGAUGUUAAUAACUCUCAUGCCGUAAGAAAACCCAGUGCAUUUAGGAUGAUUAGUCAACUUGUCGGCGAAGAUUUACCUUCGCGUAAUUCAAAUAAUUCUAAAAUAGAAUCGAGAUCUAUAAAUGAAACCGGUUCUGAAUCGGUUGAAUUAAAAUCUUCGAAUGAAGAUGAAGACGAAGAAAUUGAUGUGCAAGAUUCAGAUCAAGAAUUUACAUCAUCGUCGCCAAUUGUUUGGAAAGAUCAGUGGAUUGAUCAGCAACCACUCGAACUUACUAAACAUGGUCGUUAAUAUUAUUUUUUAUUAUUUAUGUAAGUGAUCGUGUAUAUAUUUAUAUAUAAAUAUA